UAACUGCAGUGUAGAUAGUGCCCGCAGUUUCGAUUGCAGUCAGCUGCUCUGUUUGACAAAAUCAGCUGUUCUUCUCGCUGUUUCGGCAAGUACAGGUGCGAAUUGAUACACAACGAUGAAGUUGUAUCUUUGUUCUAGUUGUUUUGCAGAAUUUUGAUAAUCCAUCUAGGUGCAUAUGCAAAUUAAUAGAAGGAGCAAUGCAGGUAAUGCGAUGCUUCGCCGCAUUAUGUAAUGUGUAAAUAUAUUUCGUGCCAAUACUGACAACAACUUUACUAAAACAAGCGUCCAUUGCGGAUGUAAAUGAAUCACUUUCGAAACAAUUUGUCCCGGUUUCGGUUGGUGACGUUCGAUGUUACCGAUACGCUCCUGGAAUAUGCAGUUCGUCCUGAGCGGCACUAUGCCCAGGUAAUCAACAGUGUGCUGGAACCACGCAUUGGUCUUACAUUGUUGGAGGAGCAGAUUGGCCGCUCGUUUGGUCUCUGCUUUCGUACGAUGAAGCAGCAGUAUCCGAAUUUCGGAUCCGGUCGAAAACAGACGGGACAGCAGGAGCUAGAAGAUGAGAGUUGGCGCUGGUGGUGGCGUACACUGGUGGAGCGGGUGAUAGUGGAUGCAGCUGCUAGUUCCGAUUGCCACAAUGUUCCUUCGCCACUGCUGAGCAUAAUCGCGGAAGAGUUAAUAGACGAUUAUACCUACGACGGAAAGCGCGUCUGCUGGCGUCAACGGCCAGGUGUGGGAGAGUUUCUACGAAAAUUGCGUACUCCGCCAGCUGGUCAAACGUUGGGCAUUGUGUCGAACUUUGAUCCACGGUUAAAGAUCAUCCUGCGCAACAAUGGCAUCGCACCGGAAGGCGAGAUGGUCGAUUUCGUGCUAACGAGCUACGAAGCUGGCGUGGAAAAGCCUGACCCGGCCAUAUUCGAAACAGCUCUACGGAAAGCGAACAUGCUGCAGUCGGGACCAGAAAUCAGUCCACAAGAGGCAUUACACAUUGGCAAUCUGUGCCGGGAGGAUUACAACGGAGCGCGCAGUGCCGGUUGGAGUGCGCUGCUGGUGAAUGUACCAUCGAACGAAAAGAAUCGAAAACUCUUAACAGCCAUUCCUAGCGGGCAUGUCUUUGCUGGUUUGCCCGAGUUGCAGCAACGGCUGGAAGGUGCUACUCCGUUUGCAUGGUGAGAGGCUAUUAAUAACGUAUAAACUAAUACAAAUAUUGUACAAAAUGUGCCACUGAAAAAUGUAGGGCACACAUUAGAGAGAUUUUUCUACGAUAGUGUUGUAUUUUGCCUUGAAGUUAGUACGAACAUGAGAAAUAAAUUAGGAAGAAAGCGAAAUACAUAAUUCCGAAACGUAACCACCAGAUCGAAUUUAGAAUAUUGAAAACAUAUAAUAAUAAAGAAAACUUAAACAACCAAA